UUUAUUUGUAGUGCUUGUACAGAACUGAGAGGCUUGAGUUGCUUGGUAGUAUAAUUUCAGUGAUAAUUCAAACCCUGGACUGUGUGAAAAGCACUAAGUAUGUGCCGAAGUAUGGAAGAUAAUAUGCAAAUCCAUUGAAAUAAAUAAUCAAAAAUAGCACACAUUAUCAGACAGACCAGGAGGCAUUGUCCGUUACUUGCCAAGAAAUACGUUUUGGUUUAUGUGGAAGCAUUUCACACUUUGAAAUUGCAUUGAAUUCGGGAGGAUAUUAGUGAAAGUAAAUUUGGCAAAACUUCCCUGUAUCUAAUAUAUGCUAAUUGCACACCGAGAGAACAUUAGUGUAGUUAGAUACAGGUAGACAAAAGUUACCUGGGAUACAAAAUCCAGUUGUAAAGGCAACAAAAGUCAAAAGUGAGUAAUUAUCUAGAUACUAAGGGAAGGACAGAGAUUGAUUCUUACCUUUUUUUAAUUCCCCUUGUCAAGAGUUGAAAACUGAUAACUAGUACAAGAACCCAAUUUUUCCUCUCAUUAUUUUAGAUUUAGGGAAACUCCCUCCCUUUUCUCCCCCCUAACCCCCUCUCCAAAAAAAAUCCUGGAAAAAUUCACUAGUGCGUGAGAAUAAAAGGUCUAAUCUUAAUAGAAUAGAAUAGGUCUAUUAUUAAUUUAUAAGAACGAUUUCAUUCGAUUUCUUCUAAGAUAGAAUUGGAAGAGAAUUAGCACAGAAAUGUUUCAGUGCUUUUAAUGUAUGCAAUGUUAUUGAAGUCAUAUCAGUCCCAGGUUAUUAGAGACAAAGUGGGUGAGGUAAUAUCUUUUAUUGGACCAAAUUCUCUCACCAACAGAAGCUGGUCCAAGAAAAGACAUUACCUCACCCAACUUGUCUCUCUCGGCACUUUUAAUGACACAGGAAUUGGAAUCUCUUACGUUUAGAUCUAAUGGUCAAAAAUGCAGGUUUUAUGGCAUUCAGUAAAAAUAAAUAAACUGAAAUGUCUCAUUUCACAGUGAAAUUAAACUGUGGUAACUGGAAACACCUUUAGGCUCCUUAUGGUGUCAGUCAUUGGUUGCUAAGAAUUGGAUCCAAGAAUCCUUUCAGACCUUUGCCAUCUCACAGCGAUGGAUAAUGGUGGAUAUAUAUACCAGGGAACAGUAUAUGGUCACAAACCAAUAGUAUUUGAAAAAUGUAAAAGAAAUUAAAAUUGGCUUCCAAAAAUCAAAAUAUUUCCAAAUUGUGUCUCAUGCAGCUGUGCCUCUUUAAAAUUGAGCGUUUCCCUGCUUCUUACAGCUUGCUGUAUUUUAGAACUGCUAUCUUUCUGCAUUUGAUUGCAACUUUAAAUAUCUGAUCAGAGCUACAAAUUGUUCUUUACAAUAUGGAUAUCAGACUAUGCAUACUUUGAACGCUUUGAGCACAUAAAUAUGGAUAUACUGUAUGCAUGUACAUGUGUAUAUUUGUGCCAGAUCCAAACUUGCCCAUAUUAUAAAGCAUUGGCCUGAAAGUGUAUUUGUGUGACACUUUUAUAACCCCUCAAUUUUUGCCAUUCCCCCAAAUUUUGAGACACUUUAUGAUGCAUUUUAAGUGACAAAUAGCCCAAUUAUAUCAUUUUUAUUACCACAUUUGAAUAUAUUGGUGUGUGUAUAAACACAUUUGUAUAUAUGUAUAUACAUAUGUAUGUUUAUACAUACAAGUAUGUUUUUGCUAUACAGGUAAUAAAGAUGGGGGAAGGUUUUUGUGUUUUCUUAAUAGGUGAAGAAAUCUUGAAGACCAGAAAUUGGAACUUAUUGAGUUUUAAAUUAAAAAAAAAAAAUUUAACUGUCUGGCUGUGGAAGAUGGAUCUUCAUUUUUGCAGCCGCUUUGACUCACAAGUUCAUCUUUAAAUGAACUGUUUUUUGAAGAGCUAACUAACCCUCGCUGUCUCCAGUCUGACAGAGAGUAUUCAAAUGGACUUGCUUCCUCCAGUAGUUGUAAGAUGUUUAAAAGCACAGCCUGUGUCUGAAUUGUGGAUGAGAGAUUUCCUUGGCAAUGUGAGGAGAAAAUUCUUUCUAUCCCUUUAUUAUUAAUUCACGGAUUGAGUGUUGGUUCGGCCUACAGGAGAAAUUAAUUGGAAGUCUUUGAAGACCAACGUUCUUGCCGAGGUUAUCCAGGUUACUUUUUAAAGAAGAUUUCACUGAUCACGUCUGAAGAAGAAAGGGUGAAGCCCGUUUUCACUAAGAGAGGAAGAAGUCUGUGUGGAGCAAUAGCCCUGAUAACUUGAGCUUAUUCUAACAAUCUGUCCAGCAUGUCUAAACAAGGAGAUGAUUGCUACUUCUAUUUCUAUUCCACGUGUACCAAGGGGGACAGUUGUCCCUUCCGUCAUUGUGAAGCUGCACUGGGAAACGAGACUGUCUGCACACUUUGGCAGGAAGGGCGCUGCUUCAGGAGUAUCUGCAGGUUUAGGCACAUGGAGAUUGAUAAAAAACGCAGUGAGAUCCCUUGCUACUGGGAGAAUCAGCCAGUUGGCUGUAAGAAAUUAAAUUGCGCUUUCCAUCACAACAAGGGACGCUACGUCGACGGACUCUUCCUACCUCCAAGCAAAACUGUGCUGCCAAGUAUGACCGAGUCUGUCGAAGAGGAGGUGAAGGUGACCCAGAUCUCGCUGCAGCAGAAUAAACUGUCUGUCCAGUCCAACCCCUCCCCCCAGCUGCGGGGGGUGAUGAAAGUGGAAAACUCUGAAAACGUUCCCAGCCCCACUCAUCCUCCAGUCGUAAUCAAUGCUGCAGAUGAUGAUGAAGAUGAUGAUGAUCAGCUUUCUGAAGAAGGAGAUGAAACUAAAACACCUGUUCAACAGCCAGCUACAGAAACCCAUAAUGGAUUGCGGAUAAUCUCUACUCGGAAAUCCACUGCUAAUUCAAAACAAGAUAACAGUUUGAAUUUUGGAAUAAAAACACUUGAAGAAAUCAAGUCCAAAAAAAUGAAGGAAAAAUCACAAAAACAAGGUGAAGGCCCCUCUGGAGUUUCUGUUUCUCCACUCCAAUCCCAGACCAUUCCUGGUCCGGAAAAGGAAAACCUACGGACGGUGAUCAGGACUGUAACCUUGUCUGCAAAGCAAGGUGAGGAGCCUCUGAUUCGAUUGAGUCUCUCGGAGAGACUGGGAAAACGGAAACCCUCCAUAGAUGAAAGUGGCCCUCCAUUGAAGCGUAGCCUUGCUGAAAGGCUGGGAAAGAAGCUUGAAUCUCUGGAGAAGACUGACAAAGCACCAAAGAGAGAAAGAGCUGCAAAACCAGCAGGUGAGAUCCGUGUGAAAACACUAGAAGAAAUCCGUCUUGAGAAAGCCAACCAGAGACGGGGAGAACCUCAAACCAAACUCAAGACUGAAGAGACGUGUAGAACAGAAGAUCCUACUCCAAGGGUGAAACCCUCCCCAACAAUUAGAAUCAAAACUUUUUCUGAGGUUCUGGCUGAGAAAAAAAACAGGCAGUUGGGGGAGGAAGAUCAGCUAAAAGUGGAGGAAAAGCUAAAAGCGGAGGAAAGUCCUACCAAGCCAAAGACUGAGAGUGAGCCCAAGAAGCAGGGCACUGCAGCUCCACCUAUAGCCAGCAAAGGGCAGCUGGAGGAGUCAACAGGCAAAGCCAUGUCAAUAGGGGAGGUGCGCAUUAAAACAUUGGAGGAGAUCAAGCAGGAGAAAGCCCUGAGGAAGCAGCAGAGUGGAGAGAACACCCUAAAUACGCCACCGCAACCUGAGCUUACUCCCACCGGGAGGAGAUUACUGCGCAUUACAAAGCUAACAGCACCUGGAAGAGAAGAAAAGAAGUUGGUGGAGUCUAGCGUUCCGCCCCUCAGAGCUGGCCCAACAGACAAGGCUGCAGAGUCUUCAGAUGAGAGUGCAAACAACUCUACAGUUCAAAUGAAGAGUUCUCAAGAAAUACUGAGGGAGAAGCGGCAGCUGAAGCCACGACAGAAGGAGAAGCUCCAGAAGGAAAUAUCUGCUAUGUCAUCCCCUGGAGAAGAAACGAUUAAAGAGAAGAGCCCAGUGGUCAGAAGUCCUGAAUCCACAGUGACGCCUGGGGCAACUCGUCGGUUGACAAAGAGACUGACUGUGAAAUCAGAGGAAGCAGUGAUGGAAAGUCCAGGAACAGAGGGUUCAGUACUACCGGUGAAACAUGCAGCUCAGUCUCUGGAGCGAAAGGCUAAAGGCAAACCCAAGGUGAAUGUGAAGCCAUCAGGCGUGAAAACCAUCUCCCCUGCAAAGCAGGCCCUGAAACGUAAGGUGGCUGAAAGUCAUCCUUCUGCCAUAGCAGCUGUGAAACCACUAAGCACCACUAGCAGUGACUUGAAGGAGCUCCCAGCUAAAAAAGCAGCUGUGACUACUAUUCUAGCCGUGCCAGAGGAUAGUCCAGCCACUGUACCGGAGAGAGCAAAAUCCAGAGACAGCCCUGAGUUGCAUAUAGGAAGCCAAGCAGCCUCUGUGGCUCAAUCAGAGAUGUCAAGCCCAACCUCUUCACAGGCAGCAGUCAAGACCCGCAGGCUGAGCUCCACCACAGCUGGGAAAGCACCCUUAUCCGUAGAAGAUGACUUUGAGAAACUGAUUUGGGAAAUCUCUGGAGGCAAACUGGAAGCAGAGAUUGAUCUGGACCCAGGGAAAGAUGAGGAUGACCUCCUGCUUGAACUAUCUGAAAUGAUUGACAGCUGAACCAGACUUAUACUUAUCUUUUAAAACAAAAAACAUUUUAAACUCUAUUUUGUUGGAUACCCAAGAUAAACCUUUUUCUUCUAUACGAGGCUUUGCCACAAGUCUUCAAGUACACUUGAACUGAUAAAAAUUGGCAAUAUCUGCACUCAAUUGUCGUUAAUUUCCCUGCAGGUCAGAGUUAAGAGCCUGUGUACCCAUCCUGUUACCACAGGCGGCUAUUUUAAAUAUGUGAGGACAAAGCACUUCACAGUUUCAGGCCAGAAAGAUCCUGGAGCCCAUCUAUAAAGCCUGGGGGUGUAAACUUGUUCCACUGAUUUAAGGCUGUGAAGGCUUUAAAAAAAAAAAAAAAAAGUUUUUCUCAGCAAGGUGUGCAAAACUCAGUGUGUUUCAAAACUUUUGGCAACUCUUAAGUUGUAUUUGUCCUUACCUUCUUGUUUUAACAUUCUAGCAAAAAAUAAUGAAAAAGUGGGGAGAGAAGGAUAAUUACUACAGUAAUGUGGGCCAAACAUACUGCCAAAGGUGCGGGAUCAGGUUAGUCUAUCCAGCCUUACUUCCUUUUAAUUAUCAGGGACAACACAAUAUCAGUAUGGAAAGCAGCAGCUAUACGAAGACUGCCUUCCUCCCUUUGAAUCAUACUGUACUAAAUCUUGGGGGGUUGGUACUUUUUGUUGACUGAGUAAGGUCCUGGGGCAACUGGUGUAACCCCUCUUGGUCUGCUGCACAUCAGUAAAUUGAAAAUGGGUCUUAAAAGUGCCUCUCAUUUCCAAGAAUUUCUUCCCUCUUCUGCUGACUUUUCUUCUACUGAGAAGCGGUAGCUGCUGGCACUGAUGGGGAAAACACUUUCAGCUGUCUUUGAACCCCAAUUCGCUGUAUAGGCUUGUCUGAUUUGAUGUAGCACUAUGCUGGAAUUCAGCCAAUAGGAAGCAUGUGUCAAGUCAGGCAAGUCUUAGACGUGUCAGAGCAAACUCUGUUCCCUCCCCUGUCCUGUGGAUACCUUUCUCUCUUCUCACCUUUCAUUUCUCUAUAACUCCCCCCUCUUCCCCCCCCCCCCCCUCCGGCCUGAACUAAUCAUUUAGGAAGUACACACCUGGGGUUGGGAUGUUAGGAAAACUAGUCUUCUGUGCUUGACAGUCCAUUUGUCUGAACAGUGUACAUGGAGAGAAUGGUUGAGAUUGGGGUGUAUUGUGUAUCCCAUCACCUAUGUUCAUUUUGACCAUAAGAUUUUUUUUAUUUAAACCUUCAACAAGCUAGUCCCUUCCGACUUUGAGCUGUGAAGAUAUAGGUGUAGCAAGGCUUUUGCUGCUGGCAGGCUUAAAAAAAAAAGUUCAAUUGUAUUGUAAAUAUUUUGUCUUUGAAAGAAAACACGUACAUGAUUUGAUAAUCCACUGUGAUGUCUUAGUUCUUAUAGGGAAGAUUUGAACCAAAACCAGUUUUUAAAUUAAAAAGCCCACUCCUGAAGAAACUGCUGUUAUAGUUCUAGGAGGGACACCAUGCAGAAAGCUUCAUCCCAAAGAAGCCGAAAAGCAACAACCCUCCAUCCUGCUGAAGGACUUUUCACAAUGAGACUUUUGGUUGCUUGUGCACAAAUGGAAGCAACUUUCAGAGAGAGACAUAUGUAUGAGAGAUUGUGAUCUAAAAAUCUUUUCCCUGCUGCUUGUUAUCUCCCUGUGUUUAAGCAGAAUAUUCCGUUCCAUUGUCAGCUUUGUUCACUUCCUUCUCUGGAUGAGAAGUCCUGUCUAUGAAGGCAGAAUUUUAUGUAUGCCAUUGCUUCUGUAAAUAUUUUAUUCUUUCAUUUUCUAUUUAGUUUGUAUUUAAGGCAUUGUCUUACAUGUAAUCUGAACCAUACAUGUUCACCAUGAGUUGGGCUGUUCAUGAAAAACAUUACUCGUGUUUUUAAAUAAAGCUGAUGUAGGAAGUCUUA